CCGGGUUUCCGGGGCGAGCGGAAAAUCUACGGUUUCUCCCGACCUUUUCAUCAAAACUUCCUCGUCUCCGGUCCGUCCUUAUACUUCGUACUCGCAGAUUUGCCAUACAACGGGCCAAUUGACGAACCACACCCGACCUGUGCGCCUCCCACCUAUCUCCCCGCUCUACUGGAAAAGCAGUCGCGUCACAAAGCAUUCGACGCCAUGUCUACAUCGACCGGAGUCAACGUCCUUCGCUAUACCGCCCUCGCGGCUGGUAUCUUCUACGGCUUCACCCACCAGAGGACGAUCACAGCGACCCAAAGGGCCGCCGUGGACAAGAAGGAGUAUGAGCACAAGCUGCAGUUAAUCAACCAGGCCAAGGCGGAGUGGGCUAAGAAGAACGCCCCCGCCGAGUCGGCGAAACCUGCUAGCGGAGUGAUCACAGACCCUAUGGACCCGAAGUUCGAUCUCGAAGCCUUCUUCAACAACCUCGCCAAGGAGAACCCGUAAUGCUAUACUGCACCCCGAUCGAAGAAAACAAAAAAUGGCAUGGGCGGCGAAAUACGCCCACGGAUAGAUGAUUGGAACAGUGAAGAGAAUCUGUGGGAACACACGGAUUCGACGAAGUAGUCUUUCCGAGAAGCCAUGGAUAGAGGAGUUUGCUCCCAAAAGCCGGCAAGGGGGAGUGUGGAUGGGCACCCGGGCUGAUUGUCACAGCAUAGACAUUUUUCUUUUUCCUACUUUUGCGUGGAUGUACAUGUGUAACAUACUCUCGACUAGAUGAUUUACCAAGGGACGAGCCAUUGGAAGACGUGGAUGUUUCCGACGUGAACGAGUGACCUGUGUGUGCGGUUUGGGAGUUCUAGAAUAUAUAUAUAUAUAUAGCCUUAAUUGGCAAAGCAGGUAGCGCACCACCAACAGAAGGGCAUGAAUGGUGCCGGGAUAUUUUUUUGAAUUGUCAACCCGGUCAAUGAAGAUUGAGGACGAUAGAUCAUUGAGUGAGG